AUGCAAACACAGGCAGUAAAAAAACAUUUAGAAAGUGAUUAUUCGCUAUUUGUGCCUCAGUCGAAACCACUGUCACCCGGAGAAAUCUUGGGAUGUACGUCACCAAAAUUAGGCGAGCAAGACGCAUUAAUAUACGAUCCAUAUUCAAAAAAGUUUACUCGAGAACGCUAUGACCAUGCAGACAUGUACGCACUUCGUAAACAUGCAAUAGAUUUGGCUAAAAAGGCAAAAAAAUUUGGGUUAAUUCUAGGAACUUUGGGCAGACAAGGUAGUCCCAAAGUUAUGGAGGUAUUUAAAAAUAAGGAUUCAUUGAAUGUGGCAGCAAAAUUUAUAUUUGAACAGUAUCUCGAAGAAAAAAUUCGAUCUCGAGGAUUAGAUUAUAUUUGUAUCUUGCUUUCAGAAAUAUUUCCUAACAAAUUGGAGCAAUUUCAGGAUAUUGAUGCAUGGAUUCAAAUAGCAUGUCCGCGUCUGUCGAUUGACUGGGGCUACGCAUUUUCAAAACCGCUACUUACUCCUUAUGAAGCAUCUGUUGUAUUAGACGAAGUCGAUUGGCAGCCUACAUAUCCAAUGGAUUUUUAUGCUAACGAUAGUUUAGGGCCUUGGACGCCUAAUUACGGGAAGGGUAAACGCUGA